CCUCCCGCCCGAACAAAUCGUGUUUCACAGUAUAUUUAUUUUGUGUUCAAAAACUUGAAAUAAGAUGAUAGCAAAUAUCCCACCGUCCAUAAUACGACAAUACAUAACAGUUGUAAUCGUUAAUUUAGCAACACUGACAUCGGGCAUGAGUAUUGCGUGGCCGUCACCAGUUAUUUUAAAACUUCAAAAUGGGACAGAUACACCUUUUUCUACACCUAUUACGAAUGAAGAAAGCUCUUGGACCGUAUCUGGAGGAUAUCUCUUAAGUAUAACUAUUAAUGCCAUUGGUGGAAUCCUAUUAGAAAAAAAUGGUCGUAAACGUUGUAUUAUUAUGUCAUCGUUACCUAAGUUUAUUAUGGCUGUACUUUGUAUAUUUUUGACAGAAGUUUGGAUGUUGAUAUUGGUUAGAGCCAUAUGGAUUCUCUUUGAUUGUUUUACGUAUACUAUCGUAAGUGUUUACGUUUCGGAAAUCGCAUCUAAGGAACAUCGUGGAUCUUUGGGCUCAUUGUUACAAGUAUCUUCCUGUUUGGGUGUACUUAUAACUUUGUCUGUCGGUCCGUUUAUAUCAUAUACGGCUCUGAAUACUUUCAUUGCCACGAUGAUUGCUCUGACAAUUGUUCCACUAUUUUUUCUCCCUGACAGUCCAUACCAUUUAUAUUUUAAAGAACGUGAAGAGGAAGCCAUUAGAGUGUUAAAACUUAUUCGGGAAAGCGAUACCGAAAUCAAAGAAGAACUAGAGGAGUAUAGAAUAUCGAAGGACGAUGGAAAAAUCAAUAAAAUGUCAUUAUUUAAAGACAGAAUUUUUUUGAAGUCAUUGGCUCUGGGUAUAUUAUUAUGUGCUAGUACAAAUCUGGUUGGUUUCAGUGCAGUUUCCUAUUAUUUACAAACGAUUUUUGAGACAACAAACACUAAGCUACCUUCAGAAAUAGCAUCUGUUAUAAUUGGUUGCACACAGUUAUUUGCGGCGUUGUGCACUAAUUUUGCUUCCAAUAAAUUUGGCAGAAGGACCAUUUUGUUGUCUUCGCUAUGUGGUAUUUUCUUUGGUAUGAUUGGUCUUGGUACUUUCUUCAAAGUCAGUGAAUCAAGCGACUAUGUGGUUUCCGGUUUCAUGAACUACUUACCUCUUAUAUCUGUUAUACUUGUUAUCUACUUUUAUAGUGCUGGUGUCGGCUCGGUGUUUUGGUUCGUCAUCGCCGAAUUAUUCGACAGUCAGCAUCGAGGUUUUGGAGUGUGUCUUAGUCAAAUCGCGACUGUACUAUUUAUAUUUAUUACAUCUAAAUACUUCCCAAUUAUGACUACCGUGAUGGGACCUGUUGAAACUUACUUCUUCUUCGCAGUAUUGUGUAUAUUAUUCGGUGUAUUAAUAGCAAUUUUCCUGCCGGAAACUAAAGGCAAGACUUUACAAGAAAUUCAGGCUGCAUUAGGUGGAGGAAAUAUUAAAAAAAAAGAUCAAGAAAUUUAAGCGCUGUAAUUUUUAGUUUAAACAAGUUUAAUUGUUUAGCUAUUCUCGUAACGGAAAAUUUAAAUUUCCAUAAAUUGGGUGGAGCAUAUGAUGCAUCAUUUUUUGUUUAGUUUUUUUCUGCGUAAUAAAUAUUUUUAAAAUCAGAAUGUUAAAAACAAGUGUAUGUAAAUAGUGUUUAAUAAAAUGAGAUUGCUAUCAGCGCUUUCC